AUGGAUAAACGCGACAAGAAAGCGAAAAAGGAUUCGGGGAAGUCUGCGAAACGCACGGGCAAGCUGUUCCGGAGGAAAUCGUUCAAAUCCGUGGAAAGUUUGGAAAGAGGACGGCGGCCAGGUGAGGAAAAGUUGCUCUCUUCCUGCCGUUCCUCCGCGAAAGAGCGACUGUUCACGCUGUACGGGGAUAAAACGCCCGGAGUGCUGGGUCUGAAGAACCACGGGAACACCUGCUUCAUGAACGCCGUCGUGCAGUGCUUGAGCAACACGGACCUGCUCGCCGAGUAUCUGUGUCUGGAGCGAUAUAAACUGGAUCUGUGUCGCAGGGGAGUGAACGGGUUUAUAAAGAAUGAGAACGGUCAGCAGGAGAAGGGAGAGGUCACGGAACGCCUCGCGACUUUGGUCCGAGCGCUUUGGACUUUGCAAUACACCCCUCAACUCUCGGCUGAGUUUAAGAUGACGGUAUCUAAAUACGGUGCUCAGUUCCGUGGGAAUUCCCAGCAUGACGCGCUCUUGAAUUCCUGCUCUGGCUUCUGGACCGCCUCCAUGAGGACGUCAACUCAUCUUCAGCCCUCCCAAUGGGAAUAA